UGGAGGACAAGAGAAACACAGGACCAGAAACUGCGUUGAGAAAAUAGCAGCGGCGGCCGGCACUUCAGGUUAGCUAACAUAAUGCCUUCGCCUGCACCUCCAAUCCACCACCUCUCCAGAUGCACAGUGAAACCCCCACCACUCCCUCCCAAGCGCUGCCACCUGACGCCAUGGGAUCUCGCCAUGUUCUCCGUCCAUUACAUCCAAAAGGGCCUCCUCUUCGCCAACCUCCCGCCUUCCCUCUCCACCGACCAAAUCAUCGACCGCCUCAAAUCCUCCCUCUCCACCGCCCUCCUCCAUUUCUAUCCUCUCGCCGGCCGUUUCGUAACCGAAGAGGCGCAUGAUGAGAACCAGAAGGUGACGGGCCUCUUCUUGUCCAUCGAUUGCAACGGAGAAGGCGCCGAAUUCAUCCACGCCAUUGCUGACAAAAUUACAGUCUCCGACGUGCUUUCACCCUCCGACGACGUCCCCUCCUUUAUCCGAUCCUUCUUCCCCCUUGACGGUGCCAUCAACCAUGACGGCCACACUCAACCUCUGCUCUCCAUCCAGCUCACAGAGCUCGCGGACGGCAUCUUCAUCGGAUGCUCCUUCAACCAUGCCGUUGGAGACGGGACUUCCUACUGGAACUUUUUCAACGCAUGGGCCCAGAUUGCUCGAACGAAAGGAGUCGCCCCCCUCUCUCGCCCUCCUGUCCACGACCGCUGGUUCAUCGACGGCUCUGACACCGCUCCCAUCAAACUACCCUUCACCCACCCAGAUGACUUCAUCGAGAGUUUCUCUCCACCUCCCCUCCGGGAGAAGAUCUUCCACUUCUCAGUCCAGUCCAUUGCCCGGCUGAAAGCCAAGGCCAACCAAGAGUGCGGCACCAACUCCAUCUCCUCUCACCAAGCUCUUUCCGCCCUCGUGUGGAGGUCAAUCACCAGAACCCGCAACCUGUCGGCCGACCAGAAGACAAGCUGCAGGCUGGCCGCCCAGAACCGGGGGCGGUUGAGCCCACCCCUCUCGCCGGACUAUUUCGGCAACUCGAUCUACCCCAUCAUUGGCACUACGACUGUGGGCGAACUAUUGAACCACGACCUCGGGUGGGCCGCGUGGCUUCUGAACCGGACCGUCGCGGACCACAACGACAGCACGAUCCGGGGUAGGUUGAUGGCGUGGAUGGCCCGGCCAGUGGUGUACCCACAGAGUUUGUUCGAUCCGUUCAGCGUGAUGAUGGGGAGCUCGCCGCGAUUCGACCUGUACGGGUGCGACUUCGGGUGGGGGAAGCCUGUGGCGGGGCGGAGCGGGAGCGCAAACAAGUUCGACGGGAAGGUGACGUCGUACCUAGGCUGGGAGGGAGUGGGGAGCGUGGAUCUGGAGGUUUGCUUGGUUCCCGAGUCGAUGAGCGCGCUGGAAUCGGACGAGGAGUUUAUGAGCGUCGUUUGCCCUCCGUUGGAACCGGAGGUGCUAGUGCGAGCCAACAACUAGUACUCUUAAAGUUGUACUUGCUUAAUUAAGCAUUCUCAGUGAUUCACAUCGCUUAUGUUGCCGAGCUCUAUAAUGAAAUCUGAAUAUCUUAUUCUAGUGU